AUGUUUACUCACACUGGUAGCUGCCAUUGUGGCAUCGUCAAGUACACAUUCCAAAUAUCACCAUCAAUCGAAGAGCACAAAGCCAUUACAUGCAACUGUUCUUUCUGCACCGCAAGCGGCCGGUUGUUUAUUCACAUACCCAACACCGAUUUCACGUAUACCGAGGGAACUGAUAAUCUUAGCGAAUACCGCUUCGGGUCCAUGUCAAUCACAGCCUCAUUCUGCAAAACUUGCGGUAUCCAGCUAGCAGCCGAGUCGAGAGCAGAGAAAUUCUUGUUUGGCAUGGUUGGUGUCAAUAUGCGGACCGUUGACGGACUCGAUAUAGAUACUUUGGAGCUUAAAAAGUUUAAUGGCAAGGACUUCACAUUGCCACCGUAUAGUGAGAAAGUUUGA